CGGGAAGGGAAGAGUUGUGUAUAAAACAGAUCUACAGAAAGUCACUCAAAGAAGAAAGGAUCUAAGGAUGGUGUUCUGCUUCUUUAAUCCAGCAGUUAAGUAAUCCAAAAAAGGAAAUACCUAGGAUCUGAUAAAUAAUGAUUUUCUGAUAAUAGAAUCAGACUUACCAUGGCAAUUAUUAAUCCACAUAUAAUCUUUCCCUUGUUUGCUGAUGGCAUCUGUGGCAUAACACCGAAAGCAGGAUCAGUUGUUGCUGGUGUGUACAUGAUCUUAAUGACCAAUAUGUAUCUUAUCUUUGAGUUUCGACACCUAAGCCUUGCAUUAGCUGAAUUGGCAAGUAUUAAAAAUAAAGGCUUAAUCUGGAUUAUUCCAUAUUGCUAUUACAUAGCAAUAGGUUUGGCUUUUAUAACCUAUCCUAUAUGUUUCUAUUAUUUAUAUUGUAUCUAUAGGAGAAAAACUGUAGGUCUUUAUAUAUACUUUGCUUGGAUAAUCUUUUAUGAUACAGCCAACAUAGUCAUUUUAGUCUUGACUAGCCAUAUUGCAGAGCUAUCUACAUUUUCGAUCAGUCCUUUAGAAUGGUUUGGAUUGGCCAGUAGGAUUCCUGUGGACUGUUUUUGGCUUUGUUUUGUUAUAACGUAUGUUCUGUUGCUUAUUGAAGGAAGACAGGUAGGGAGGAUAUCACUGAGGCAAAGGCGGACAUCGAGAUACAUUACUGAACCUCCUAAGUUUAGACUGGGUGUAGCUGCCAAGAGAGUUCAGUUAUAGCUCUCAAAAUACUGUUCUAUGCAGUUAUAAACACCUGGUAUAUCAAAGAAUGGACUAUUAAUAUAUUUCUGUCUUAGCUAUCCAAUAUCUUUCCUUUUCAGAACAACAAAAUUAGGGUGAUUGUCAGAAACAUGGCAGGCCAUAAUAUAUACUAAGUUCAGAACCAACAUAUGUAUGUACUAAGUAAUGUUUCAUAUUGUUUUACUUCAUUAUCUUAUUGGGUUAAUCUAAAUGUCUUUAAUAAAAAAUAAAUUUCAUAGUUACUAUA